GCAGAGCAGGGUGCAGUGGUGAUCCGUCAGUAUCAAAUUCCCGGCUGCGCUAAUGUGACCGAAUAAGACAGGAGCAAUCGAGCUACGAGCUUCGUUUCUGACUGGGCGGGAAUGAGCUGCCAUCUGCUGGCCGGAGUCUAGCAUUACAUGCUUGAGUUGAAGUUUACGCCUUCGGCCCUCUGCUGCCGGUCGCGCAGGGAUGACGUCACCCGUGCGACCUGUGCUCUCCUCAGCCUUGUUCAUAGGACGUGCAUGGGGUUCGCUGGACAUCCAGGAGCCAAGUGAUGGUAAUGAGCAGCAAUGGCUUUGACACUUCGAAUGAACAGAGGACUCAACCUAUGCAAGAAUUAUCAAUGGAUGAAAAGCCGUUCUCCUGCCUUCUGUCCCACCUCCCACCAUCCAGUGUUAUACAGCAGCAGUUACCGAAGACCUGGUCUUCCUCCAGAUAAUACACCUUUUUGGAAGAAAACAGAUUUUAGCGUUAAAAAUGGCAUUACGCGUUUUAAGAAACAAUUUGGACUUCUGAUGAAAGAAGGGGCGGAUCACCUUAGAGGGCCGGAGGGUAAGCCAUUGAGGGAAAACCUCUUGGAGCAGACAAGAGUGGUAUGGGAGUUCAGGCAGCCAGAAGAUCUGCAGAAGUGGGUGGUGUCAUCAGAUGCGGAGAUUGGCGGCAAAAGCCAGGCCUUCCUGAAACUUGGUAACAACAACCAGACGACCCUGUUUUAUGGGGUCCUUAAUAAUGAAGUUCCUCGUGAUGGCGAAACAAAAUACAGCGGGUAUUGCACCUUAAGAUCCAAGGCUCCAAAGGGAGCCUUCAAUCGCAAGUUGUCUUAUGACUGGUCCAACUUUAACAUGCUGCAUUUGAGGGUCCGGGGAGACGGACGGCCUUGGAUGGUGAACAUCCAGUCUGAAACCUAUUUUACUGGCCAGUGGGAUGACUUAUACAACUAUUUUCUAUACACUCGCGGUGGUCCGUACUGGCAGGACAUAAAGAUUCCCUUGUCAAAGUUCUUUUUGACAAGCCGAGGAAGAAUUCAAGACGGUCAGUACCCACUGUGGCCAGAUAAGAUUACUACCCUUGGAUUUACACUUGCGGACAGAGCAGAUGGACCAUUUCAUCUUGAGAUCGAUUUCAUUGGAUUAUGUAGAGAUCUGGCACAUACAGAAGAGUUUGCAUAUGAAUUAUACAAAACCACGCCAAUAUAAGCGAUAGUGUACGAUUGGUAUAAAUAAGGAUUAAACCAUUCUCUUUCCCUUUA